AUGCCGGCAACCACGCGGAGUAAGACAAAACAGUCGAGCCUGGACGACUUCCAAACAACCGACACGACCACGGCGUCGCCACCUUUUGAUUCACCGAGGACGAGGAGAGAUGAGUCGCGUUUCUCGAAAUCCGCAGGAUCGAAGCCACGGGCAUCAGCGACCACGACGAAAACAAAGAAAGACUCUGCAUCUGACAAACGCAAACAGCCCACAAAGGGCACAAAGGACGAAGGCCAAGGCCCGCCAUCGGCAAAAAGGCGAAAGCAGAAACAAGAACCGGAGUCCGCGGUGGAACAAGACCAGAGACAAAACCAACUGACCAAAUCCGGCGAAGUCACGUCAGCAUCAAACACCGAGACCUCCGACAGAAAACCCAUCAUCAUCAACCGCGCCCCUGUGCUCCAACUAUGGUCGUCCUGCGUGGCACAUAAGCUAUAUCCACACCUGUCGUGGCCGACAUGCUUCGCCAUUGGGUCCGCGAUAUCGACACUCUGCGCGAUCUCCAAAGGCCGAUCGAUCGGCGUGAUGGAGAAGCCAGACACGGCGGACGAAGAGCUCAAGGAGCACAAAGAAGCCCAGGAGAGACGUGAUGAGGCUGGUGCUGAUGAAGAGAUCUUGGUCAUGGGGUUUCGGCUUAUGAUCAAGAACGGAGACGUGCUGCUCCAGGGCAAACCGCGACACGGGAACGAAGGGCCGCUCAAAGCCAAGUUCGGCGGCGACGAGGACUACAUCCGUGUCAAGGAUGCCAUGGACCAUGCGCUUGCUUCGUGGACAGCCGGCGAAGAGGCCAAGAAGGAGCUCAAUAAGCGGGCCUUCCACAUGUACGAGUCAUUCCGACCUAGUGUGCAGAGUGGGCAAGGCGGCUGGGGACGCAAAGGUGAGUUGAGCAUCGAGAAGAUCAACGAGGUUGUGGAGCGGAAGUAG